CCCGCCCGCCAUGGACCCCAAGGACCGCAAGAAGAUCCAGUUCUCCGUGCCCGCGCCCCCCAGCCAGCUCGACCCCCGCCAGGUGGAGAUGAUCCGGCGCAGGAGACCAACCCCUGCCAUGCUGUUCCGGCUCUCAGAGCACUCCUCGCCAGAGGAGGAGGCCUCACCCCACCAGCAGAGAGCCUCAGGAGAGGGGCACCACCUCAAGUCGAAGAGACCCAACCCCUGUGCCUACACACCCCCCUCGCUGAAAGCUGUGCAGCGCAUUGCUGAGUCUCACCUGCAGUCCAUCAGCAACCUGGGUGAGAACCAGGCCUCAGAGGAGGAGGAUGAGCUGGGGGAGCUGCGGGAGCUGGGCUACCCAAGAGAGGAGGACGAGGAGGAGGAGGACGAAGAAGAGGAGGAGGACGAGGACAGCCAGGCUGAAAUUCUGAAGGGCGGCAGGGGGUCUGCUGGGCAGAAGACUACUUUUGGUCAAGGUCUGGAGGGUCCCUGGGAGCGUCCGCCUCCUCUGGAUGAGCCCCAGAGAGACGGAAGCUCUGAGGACCAAGUGGAAGAUCCGGCAUUAAAUGAACCUGGGGAGGAGCCACAGCGCCCUGCUCACCCUGAACCUGGCACAUAGGCACCAGCCCUGCAUCUCCCAGAAGUGGCGAGGGCACUGCUGUUCCCCAGAAACCCACUCUGUCCCCACCCUAUUUUGUACCCUUCCCCUCACUUGCUAGGGCUGCGGCUUCUGACUUAGAAGACUAGGGCUGGUCUGUGUUUGCUUGUCUGCCCACCUUUGGCUGAUGCCCAGAGUCCCUGGGCACUUGCUGCCUGAUGCCUACCCCUGCCAGUCAUUCCCCCAUUCACCCAGUGGGUGGUGGGAUGUGAGACAGCUUGCAUUGGGAAAUCCAGUAAAUGGGGGACAAAGGUUCAUCCUUCACAAGUCUACUCCCCAGACCCUCUCCCCUGGGCACAGGAAACCCACAGGGCAGGACCCUAAGAUCUGGGGAAAGAGGGUACUGAGAACUUUAAGUGCCCAGAGAUCCUUCUCCAUCCCCUGGGGAAUUCCAAGUCACCACCCCUCUCACUGGCUUCUACCAGGGCCCAGGAUUCAGGCAUCCUUUCCACAGCCUCAACAUUUUGGAAAUCUUCCCCUUAUCAACUGCUCCCCAGCCUGGGUGCCUGGAAGAUGGACUGGCAGAGGCUGCUUUGUUGCAUUUUGUUUGUGCUUUGAUGCCAGGAAUGCCGCCUAGUAUAAGUCCUUAGGGGGGCACAUGGUGGGGGAGCCAGGCUCUCCUUGUCCUCCAGCUGCUCUGCCCCCUUCCCUCCUUCCCUGACUCCAGGACUGAACCGCUCCCAUGCUGUAAUAAAUCUUUGUAAAUA